AUGAACACCGCAUUGGAUGAUUUACAUGGGGAUCUAGUGACUUUAGAAGAUAACGAAAUCAUUGACAGUUCUGAUAAUUCGAUCCACUCAUCUUCGCACUCUACUAGUCAUGAAGAAGAAGAGGAGGAGGAAGAGGACGAUACUGAGGAUGUAGAACUUAUAGAAAAAGACGCAAAUAAAAACUUAUCUAGUGAUGUGCAUCCGGAAGACGAAAUUGUAAAUGAUGGGUUGAAUAUAUGGAUCCCGGUUCAAAUGCUGAAGAAAAAUAUAGCGAAGUUUUGGUCCCAUUUUCUAGCCAUUGAUAAGGAAUUAGCAAAAGUUAAAUGUAAACACUGCGGAGAGGUAUUAACAAGAAGCGAGGCAAGUUUAACAAAAACUUUUAGAUCUCAUUUAAAAUCCAAGCAUAACAUAAGUGCGAAUAAGAACUUUUAUUCUAUGAAUUUCACAAUGGGGGACUCCAAUCUCAAAAACAAGACCUUCCACACAGAUAAUGCACAUAAACACCGCUAUGAUUCAUUAAUCUUCAAUUCAGAUCCAAGUUUCAAGUGCUAUGACAUUGGCAUGUUACAAAGUAGUAAUUGUCUUUCUUUUUUGCAAUUGGUAGCCAUAGUCAUUGCUUCCGAAAAUCUACCGCUGAAAUUUUUUGAGAAUGUGUCAUUUAAAUCUCUAGUAUCAAAAUUUCAUAAAAUCCCUCCUUUGACUACUAACAUAAUAAAAGAGUCAAUUAUAGGGUUGUCAAAAUCAAUCGAUGAGUUGAUCAGAAGGUCUAUCUCAAAAAGUGGUACUUAUUUACCCUUUAAUAUCCAUUUAUCCGAUACCAAAGAAUCAGGUCAACCUGUUUACCUGAAGUAUACGAAGGAAAUUCGGGCACAAUUGUUUAGUUUAGACCUAUCCCCUCUUGUUUCUGUGAAUUUUACAGAACUUGAUAAGGCAAGAUCAUUAUUUUCUUUACAACUGUUCGAUAAUACCAAUAAAGUUUCGAAAAUUUUACCAUUAUCUAUUUUUGUACGUAAAACAAAGGAUAUAGAUAUUGGUGCCUGGCAGGAACAGCUCAACAAUCUGUAUUCAAAAUACCCCGGCUUACAAAAAUCGGUAAUUUCAGUAACUUUACCUCAAAGUUAUUAUGCAAAGGUGCUGGAGAAUAGAAACAGUCUUAUCUCAACUUCUCAUACUGGGAAUGUAAGGAAGGUAACAUACCAUGCUUGCAUAGUUUCUGAAUUACUUCAUUGUUUUUUACAACCAUUUUUCAAUGUCUCUACAGAAUUAAUGCUCACUUCCUUUUCUUCAGUCAGAGACAAUCAUCCACGAGGGUCUCUGUUAGAUUCGUUAACAGAUUUUUCCGAUGUUGAUAUAUCGUCAACUGUGCUUGGCAAAAUCAGUUGCUUGAUAGAAGAAGUUAACCUAAAUGACUCCCUAAAAUCGGAUUUCCUAUUAUACUGCCAAAACUACACGCAACCUAACUGUAAUGAGCUUACUUCAAUACUUUCAUCUAGCUGUGAUAGUUUUUCAGCUUUGAAAAGCGUCUUGGAAAAGUUUGCAAACUUAAUCCCAUUCUUCAGGUCUAUCAACUCUCAUCUAGAAAAUGAAUCACUUACUGAAUCUGAUUUUCGCCUGAUAACCACUGUAGAAGAGACAUUAAAAACUUUCGAGCAAACAAUUGAGUAUUUUGCUUCUUCUGCUCCAUUAAAAUUCACCCAUACCUUAGUUUUUAUCGUUAACUUUGAGUUAUAUUUGACAGAGAUCAUACGGAGCUCUAUAUUCACUAAAUCCAAGAAGCCCUUUGAAAAAAUCCUAUCAAGGAUCUCAAAAGUUAAGGAACUUUAUUCACUUGAUGAUGCAAACCUGAUUGGUGCCUUCUUAUAUCCAUCAAUUUUCCAAAGUAAAAACCUGCUAAAUGAGAUCUUUGGUACAACAUCGAUAAGUAAAAUUGUCCAUAAAAUGACCAAAAUUGUUCUACGAUAUCUUGAAAAUUUUAUCAACAUAACGAAUUUCCGUUCGUCUGAUAGUGUUAGGGACAGCAGUUCGAAUUCUGGUAAAGAUCUUCUUUCUGACUACGAGGCCAUUUUCAUGAAGGGAUCACAAGACAUAGAACUUUUAUGCAACAUCACGUUGACCACACGGCUAACAGAAGAUUCGUUACUUGCCCAAAUCAUUCGAGAUGACCUACUACGCUAUAUUGACAGAAUUACAAAUGAGCUGCCCAAUGCAUACCAUGACUACUUAAAUGAUAAUGAGAUCAGCUUCGAUGGAUUUCACUUUACGAAACAUGAAUUAUCUGAAGAAAACGACUAUAAUUCGGGAGAAUGGUGUUUAAAUCCCAUGGAAGAGACAUUUGAUAUCCAUAUUCCAAUCUCAGAUUCAAUCUGGAAUAAUUACAUAGGUAGUAAAAGUAAGAUUGAAGUAAUCGACAUAUUACUUCAUUUACUUGCAGCAACUUCAGCCUCUUCAAUACGGUCAGAAUUCUCUUCCCUACAAGCUAAUCAAGACUUCAGUAACGAACUCUGCGAAGAAACGGUUAAGAUUAAGCUUUUGAAUUCACAGUUCAACCUUGAAAAAAUUGAUUUUCACUCUGGGUCAAUUUUUGAUGCUUGCUAA